AUGCAGCCUGCACUAGCUCCAGCGCCGCAUCCAAGCAUGCAAACAUCUGCUCAGGACCAUGCUGACCAAGUGCUCCACGAUUCGCUGCUAGCAGCGUCUGCGCACCAGCACUUGUCGCAGCACCCGCAACAACCCCGCCCGCAACAGCCGGCAGCACAACCUCACCACCUACAACCCAAUACCACCAGCCCGCGAGACCAGAACAACAUUGAUCCUGCUAUCUCCGGAGCUGCAAUGCUUCCACCCCCAACCCAGCAGACCCCACCGGGAACUGAACCGCCUGGUGAUGACGAGUCGCCAAAAACCUAUGGGAAACGACCGCUAUCUACCUCGAAGCGCGCGGCUCAAAACCGUGCCGCACAAAGAGCUUUCCGUCAGCGCAAAGAGAGCUACAUCCGAAAGUUGGAGGAGCAGGUGAAGGAGUAUGAGGUCAUGUCGCAGGAGUUCAAAGCUUUGCAGUCUGAAAAUUACCAACUUCGUGAAUAUAUCAUCAACCUACAGUCUCGGCUGCUAGAUUCGCACGGCGAAGUUCCCGAGCUACCAGGAAACAUCGAUCUCAGCCAACCCCGGGCCGAAAUUUCUGUCCCACAGCCGGUUCCAAGGCCUACUCAAGGUGGCCAAGCUCCUCAACAAGGCUCCCCACAGUCUCAAGUGUCUAUCGCUAAUGAUGACAUGAAUUCAUUGAACCGCAUAGCCGAAGCAGGACUUGGGAUGCGUAAGCACCCCAACGAAGAAGCAUUCCUGAACAACAACUUCCAGCCUCGGCGUGGACGAGGAGAUGAGGGGCAAGACUCGUCGGAGCCGACCAAGACGGAGGGCCAGUCCCACGGGUUGCCGCUCGUAUCAUGA